AUGAGUUGGCAAUGGCUUAACACUACACGCGUUAUCUUCGGACAGAACGGAGUCGUUGAACACAUGAAAGACUUCGUAAAACCGCAUACAAAAGUAUUAGUUACAUUUGGUGGCGGAUCAAUCGACAAGAAUGGUGCACGUGACAAUGUUACAAAAGCACUUAGUGAACUUGAGUGCGAAGUCAGAUGGGAAGGCGGUAUCCCAGCAAAUCCAGAGUUUGACAGACUUGUCGAGAUCGUCAAAGUUGCUCGCGAGUACAAGCCAGACUUACUCCUCGCAGUCGGUGGCGGAAGUGUCGUCGAUGGAACAAAGUUCAUCUCUCUCGCGAUGAACAUCGAAGAUGGAACAGACAUGUGGGACAUGGUCAAAUACUGGAAGCACCCAUCGAAGUCUACACCAAUCGGCACAGUCAUGACAAUACCUGCAACAGACUCAGAAUGGAACAACGGUGCUGUCAUCUCUCGCAGGUCGACGAAAGAGAAACUUCCUCUCAUCAACAACUUGUUGUACCUAUCUUUCUCAAUCCUCGAUCCUAAGUACACGAUGACACUCCCGAAGAGACAACUCAGGAAUGGUCUCUACGACGCGAUGACACACUGCAUCGACUUAGUCAUAACACCACACGUCCUCCCAAUGCAGGACAACUUCAUGUACUGCGUCAUGAAGGAGCUCGUCGACAUCAGUGGAGAUGUCAUGAGUGACGACAAGUCAACAAUCGAAGUCAGAGGAAGACUCGUCCAAGCAUGCAGUUUCGCUCUCAACUACGUUCUCCAACUCGGAAAAGUCACAUGCUGCGGAAUCCACGGCAUCGCACACAUGCUCACAGCUAAGUGGGGAAUCGACCAUGCUUCAACACUCUCAAUCAUCACUCCUUUCUUCUUAGAGGAAUUCAUCGAAUCUCGUAAGUACACAAUGGCACGCGCUGCUGAAUUCGUCUUCGGCGUUCGUGACGGCGAUGACUACACUAAAGCUAAGGAGUUCAUCAAGCACAUCAGAGAGUGGAUUAUCAGCAUUGGACAGUUCACUAAAGUCACAGAUCAACCAGGAGUUGUUCUUCAAGCAGGUGAUGUUGAUGAAGUCACAAACAUGGUUAUGGACUCAUUCAACGGCAAUAACUUCGGAUACAAGAACACUGUCACUCGUGAAAACGUUCAUCACAUUCUUGAACGUGCUUUCAAUCAAUAA